AUGCACAACGGUAAAGAAGACGGCCCAUAUGUGGUUGGAAGUAACAGAAACCUACCUCUGUCGACGGACAGAAGCAACAGCCCAAGGCAGGUUCCAGAAAAGCUCGGCGAUGACAUUGAGUAUGUGGAGAGCUUUGAGUCUUUGGAACAGUCUAAAAGCCCUCGAAGCUUGAAAAGUAUUCGUGCAAAUGUUCAAAGACAUUGGCGCCGGUUUUGGUGUUGUUAUCUCGUCGGGGUUAUCAUUUUCUUGGCCAUAUUUCUACCAGUCUUUUUCCUAGUCGCAGUCCCAGCAAUCGCCCAGAGGAUCGUUGACACCACAGAUCUUCCAGUUCAUUCGGCGCAAAUCCUGGAUCCCAAAGCUGACCAAGUAUCAUUUACUCUCGCUACAUCUUUGAACAUCCCAAUGGGGCUUCGAAUUCGUACCGACCCCAUUGAUUUGAGCCUUUUCAAUCGAGACCUCCAGCCAAUUCAGCCGUACUUGGUUGUCUCUCUACCUUCGUACAGUCUUAAAGGAGACACAGACAUGACUGUGACCGAAAACAACACAGAUAUUUUGAAUGAAGAUCAGUUCAUCAAGACUCUCACGCAAGCUGUCUAUAACAAACGGUUCACAAUGUCAGCCAAGGGCUCAACCGUUGGACAUCUCGGCGCCCUCAAAGCCCAUUUAACCCUUGAUAAGGAUAUUGAGUUAGAUGGACUCGAUAAGCUCAGUGGAUUCUCUAUUGACUCAGCACAAGUUAUCAUCCCCAAAGAGGCAGACGGCACCAACUUGAAGGGAGAGGCGACGUUGCCCAAUCAUUCUGUUUUUACAUUCGCGUUGGGUAAUGUGACAUUGAACUUGAUGAGCUCAGAUCUUAUUAUCGGCCAAGCAACCAUUCUGAACGUGGUUCUGAAGCCUGGAAACAAUACUGUCGCCUUGCGAGGACGUGUCGAUACAACGACGGUUCUAGAGAAUCUUUCGGAGAUCUUGACGGUGCAAAAGGCUGCCUUGAUGGACGGCGAUCUCGAGCUCUCGGCUUCUGGAAACUCCACUAUUUGCAAUGGAGUUCACAUCAAGUACUAUGAGCAGGUUCUUAACAACCUUACCCUUAUCACUCGAGUGCCGAUUCUUCAAAUUUUGGGGGGUACUCUAGAAGGUUUGCUAAACAACAAUGACUCGGCUUUGGGUAAGAUUGUGCAAAACAUCACCCAGAUUCUAGGGAAUUUUUCCACCCUUAGUGAUACGUCCACUGUUGCUCGCUCGAUUCGAUCUCUUGUAUAA